AUCGCGGGUUAUUUAUCUAUUUGAAGCAGCCGCCAUGAGUCGUAAGAUUAAUUGCGGUAAGUCACACGGGCAUUUUGGCCAAUAUGGGGCUGCCGGAUUGCUCAUCCAUCGGUAUCGCGACACGGGCGAGGUAGAGAUCCUACUCUGCAGGCGGGCGCGACAUACCGAUGAUGAGGGGUUAUGGGGUACGAUAGGAGGUGCGAUAAUACCGGGAGAAACGGUGCAUGAGUGCGCAUUGCGGGAAGUUGAGGAAGAAAUUGGGAUCAAAGCCGGCGAUAUUUGCAUACCCACAGCUCAGACGACUGAUGACCACGGUACGUGGAAAUAUACUACCAUCUUUGCUACGCCGGCGGAGGGCUUGCAGAUUCCUGAUCUAACUCUCAACCGUGCCGAGUUGUCUGAGGUGUCUUGGAUCUCGCGUCAGGAAUUACAGAAUUACAUUCUCCACCCGGCGUUUGAAAAUUGGAUUUAUGAUUUAUUAGAUAUCUUGCUACCACCGGAUAUAGACCCUCAGACUAGGAGCAUAGUUAGGCCAUCAAAGCUAAAGAAGAGAUAAGGAGAGAUGAGGUACCACCUACGGGUUAGGGGUACCUAUUCAAAUGUUGGUCGAUUACGUAACCACCAUACCCCUGAAAAUUAAAGGGGUUGAUAGUAUUAUGGAAGUAUACAGAAACAUUUCCAUCUUUCUUUUUUUAUAAACAUCCGCCUAGUC